AUGUCCUCUUUACCGGGGACCGUACCGCGGAUGAUGCGCCCGGCUCCCGGACAGAACUACCCCCGAACCGGCUUCCCUCUGGAAGUGUCCACCCCGCUGGGCCAGGGCCGGGUCAACCAGCUGGGGGGGGUCUUCAUCAACGGCCGGCCGCUGCCAAACCACAUCCGGCACAAGAUCGUGGAGAUGGCGCACCACGGGAUCCGGCCCUGCGUCAUCUCCCGCCAGCUGCGCGUCUCCCACGGCUGCGUCUCCAAGAUCCUCUGCCGGUACCAGGAGACCGGAUCCAUCCGUCCUGGAGCCAUCGGAGGCAGCAAGCCCCGGCAGGUCGCCACGCCGGACGUGGAGAAGCGCAUCGAGGAGUACAAGCGAGACAACCCGGGCAUGUUCAGCUGGGAGAUCCGGGACAAGCUGCUGAAGGACGGGGUGUGUGACCGGAGCUCAGUCCCUUCAGGUGAGGCCUCCUCCGUGAGUUCCAUCAGUCGGGUUCUUCGAGCUCGGUUUGGAAAGAAAGAUGAAGAGGAUGAGUGUGAGAAGAAGGAUGAAGAGGACAAGAAGGCCAAGCACAGCAUCGACGGCAUCCUGGGAGACAAAGGCAGCCGGAUAGACGAAGUGUCAGAUGUGGAAUCGGAACCCGACCUGCCUCUGAAGAGGAAGCAGCGCCGGAGUCGGACCACGUUCACGGCGGAACAGCUGGAGGAGCUGGAGAAGGCUUUCGAGAGAACACACUACCCCGACAUCUACACCCGGGAGGAGCUGGCCCAGAGGACCAAACUGACCGAGGCCAGGGUCCAGGUGUGGUUCAGCAAUCGAAGAGCCAGGUGGAGAAAACAAGCAGGAGCCAAUCAGCUUGCGGCGUUCAACCACCUGCUGCCCGGCGGAUUUCCCCCCACGGCGAUGCCGACGCUCCCCACCUACCAGCUGCCGGAGUCCGGGUAUCCCAGCAACCCGCUGUCCCAGGACGGUGGAGGCACCGUUCACCGCCCUCAGCCGUUACCUCCGUCCACCAUGCACCAGACCACCCUGUCCAGCUCCGACAGCUCCUCCACCUACGGCCUGACCUCCAACCGCCACGGCUUCUCCAGCUACUCAGACUCCUUCAUGAGCUCUGCAGCGCCCAACAACCACGUCAACCCCGUCAACAAUGGGCUGUCCCCACAGGUGAUGAGCAUCCUCAGUAACCCCGGCGCCGUUUCCUCGCAGCCGCAGCACGACUUCCCCAUCUCCCCGCUGCACGGCGCGCUGGACUCGUCUCCGUCCUCCGGCCUCCCGGCCAGCUGCGGCCAGCGUCCGACCGAGGGCGCCGUCAAGACGGCGGACGGCCUGCCCUCGUCGCAGUCCUACUGCGCACCCGCCUACGGCGCCGGCGGCUACGGCGUGGACCCCGCCGUGGCGGCCGCCGGCUACCAGUACAGCCAGUACGGCCAGACUGCUGUGGACUACCUGGCCAAGAACGUGGGGCUGUCCGGCCAGAGGAGGGUGAAGCUGGCCGACCACUCCGCCGUCCUGGGACUGCUGCAGGUGGAGACCGGCCAGGCCUACUAG